AUGUCGGAGUAUGAUAAUGUUUUAUGCAGUUCGCUAAAACUGAAGUCUGGUCAGGGAAUAAAAAAAAAAAAGAAAAAGCACACCAAAAAGGUUGCAUCAACUAACCCAGAUGUGACAGCUGAAACUCCAGAAGUAAAUUUAAAUAAAGAAACUGAAAAAGAGGCAGCGAAGCCGAAUCCUGCCAGUGUCAGCUUAACUAAAUCACAAAUGGAAUGGGAAAAACGUAGAGAUAAACGCAUCCUUGAGUCUGUGUUAUCAAAAGCUGAUAAGUCACAUAAACAGAGAAUCAUUGAGUUCAACAACUAUCUGAGUACUCUUACAGAACACUUUGAUAUACAGAAAGUUUCUUGGACCAAAUAA